CGAACACGUCGUUUUAUCCCUUUCACAUGGCAUAGAAGAGAACAGUCAGUUGUUUUUUGACAACUACUUUACAUCUACAAAGCUGAUGGAGAAGCUCAGGGAGCAGAGAGUGCUAGCUGCAGGCACAUUCAGACCGACACGCAAGGACCUACCAAUCGAGCUAAACAAGGAGUGCAAGCUUCAGAAAGGCCAGCACCUGUGGUGGUCCAAAGGAUGUGUCACAGCCACACAGUGGCGCGACAACAAGAAUGUACACGCGAUGUCCAACUACCAUGACCCACAAGAAAUCGUAGAAGUCACGCGGAAGCUUGCCAGUGGUGCCAAAGUUGGUGUGUCCUGUCCGAAAGUGCUUUCAGACUAUAACAAGUGGAUGGGGGGUGUUGACCGCUUUGAUCAGAAGAGGAACACUUACCCAGCAGACCGCAAGUCAAAAAAGUGGUGGUGUCGAAUUUUUUACUACCUGCUUGACGCUGCUGCUGUUAACGCCUUUAUUCAGUACAAGUCACUGAAGGAAGUCGACUACAUGCAGUUUCGCCUAAUGUUGGGACGCCAGCUCAUCUCCCGUCAAACAUUCAGGGAGAAACGCACAGUAGCGGCUUUCAUGCACAAGAAAAGAGGCAAUCGAAGUGGACAAGCAAUGGUUGGAGUGCCCAGUGAGCUUCGCUUUCAAGGGAGUGGUCAUCAUGCACAAAAAAUUAGCAAAAGGCGAAGGUGUAGAUGGUGCUCCACCAGGACCAAAGAAUCCAGGACCCAGUACAUCUGCAAAUCAUGCGCUGUACCACUCUGCGUCGAGUGCUUCGCACCUUUUCACUCCGAACAGUGAACGCCGCAAAGGCAUUUACAUAGGAAAGCGCGGAAGGGGCUCCCUCAAGACUAGGCGGUGUUUGCCAUGCAACAUUCCCAGAACAAUUAUAGCUGAACUGUUUGCCGAGUGUUUUUCACAAUUUAAUGGUGUUGAGUUAAUAAACAAAAAUAUUUUUUGUAGUUGUUCGUUCUAGUCGG